AUGUAUGAGGCCAGUGUUUCUCAGCCCUUCGGGCCCAAAGAGCCCAAGCACAACUCCAGGAAGAAACCAGUGGUGAACAGGACAAGGGAGUUUGAAAUGGUGGCCCAAGGAAAUACCAACCCAAACAAAAGCCCCAAAGGGCCAACUUCCAGCAAACAGGCCAGGGCCAUUGCACCAUCCGUGCAUUUUGGAGGACACAACAGUGGAGACCCCAAGAGCAAGAUGUUGCAAGUUCCAGGACAUUCGCAGCUCUGGGCCACGGCCCAGGAAGGAGUCAAGCCCAGAGUGCCCCCACCCGCAGGUGACCAGGGUCUGCUUCCCCAUCCACCACGACCGGAAAAGAAGCAGUGACCUCCUGGAGCACAGGUCUGCCCUCCAUGCCCUGUGCUGCAGAGAGAAAGCGACAGCCUUAGAAGUCAGCUUGUGGCUGUGCAGUGCCUCGUCAACAAGUUCCAGAUCCUUUGA